AUGAAACGAAGCUUAGCGGUAGAGGACCUCUGGGCUGAAGACUCAACGUUUGAUCAUAAUCGACCUGCUCUCUCAGAAAAUCAAUAUACUCCAUGCCCAAAUAAACGCGUAAGAGUUGGCUCCGGGGAAUUAAGCCCACAUGGCUCUCACCCUCGCGGAGAUUCCCGUCGAUUGCACACAUCGACUCUGCUUUUCUCUACCCCUGAUGCUUUAACUCGUCCUGAUUCCUUUAGAUUCAAUACACAGCCAGCGGUGCGUUUGAGGACACUAGACGAGAUAACACAGAUGCAAGGAGGGCCAAGCGAGCCAUUCAAUGUAAUAGCGAUCAUCGAUCAAAGACAGACGGACAAAUGUUAUAAAGUUGCGGGAGGUGCAGCAGAUUACAAGAUGACGGUUUAUCUGACCGACUUCUCGCGACCAAUGGGCAGUAAGAAUGUCACGUGCAACUUAUUCUGGAAGACGGAAGAGGAGUGUGCGGCCUGGGAGAAGCAAGACUGCGACUGGAAGGUGAUCUUCCUCUCAAAUGUCCACAAACGGCCCGUGAAUCACUACCCCGAUCAGAUAAUUGGCAUAUCGACCUGCUUCCAAUAUGCCCUCUGGUGUCCUGGAGAGUUCUAUUCCUCCAAACCGGUCCUCGAGCAGUUCAGCUCCCUCUUUGGCUCCACUUUUAACGACUUACUGGCCAAGGCGCUGGCCCUUUAUCAACAACUGAAGCAACGAUCCGCACCCCAACUACUCCCCCGAGCCCCCACUCCUCCGGUUCAGUCAGUUCUAAAGACAAUAUCUGAACUUAAGCUUGAUCAUCUCGGUGAAAAAUUUGAUCUGUGUGUUGAGAUUGUGGAUAUCUGGGUCGCAGACAAGGGGAAUGACCGGAUGACGGUAACAGAUUAUACGCUGAACCCAGCGCUGCGUAUGAGGGAACCGGCAAACCUUUUCAGCAGUUUAACUUUACCGGUGCCGAGAUUCCAUCAGGAACACGGGGGUACCUCUUCUAAUUGGGGGGUGACGGCGAACCGGUUGAUGUCGGUCUACCUGGAGCCGUCGGUCCUGCGUGCAAUUUACAGGCAGUUCGACCAGUCCGACGCAACCAAGGUUCCGUCCAUGUAUGACUACCGAUACAAAUUGCUCGCCCAGGUCGUCGGACUCAAGCAACUCGACCUCCACCCCAACGAGGAUAACAGUGACAUCAACUUCUAUGCCACCAUGGCCGCUGAUUCCACGGACUCCCUCGCCGUCCUUACUGACAGAAUCGUCCCCCUCAGCCCCUCGGAGCCGGCCUUUCAAAAGCUGCUCAAUGAUAAAGAAAUCUACCGGCAGGAUAUGAGAGAAUAUGCCUGA